GAGAAUUCAUUCUUGUCAUCACCCAGCCGAUUACUUCCCUUGUUCUCUACCUGCAGCGUAUUGUCUUUCGAAGAUCGUAUCAAAUCCGAAAUGGCUUCAAUGAAGAUUGUUCUUUGCUUGGCCUUGGUGGCUCUCGCCCGCGGUAUGUACGUGAAUCAAGAUUACAGCAGCGGAAGUGGAUACAACAGCGGAAGCAGCGGCUACAAUAGUGGAAGUGGAUACAACAGCGGAAGUGGAUACAACAGCGGAAGUGGAUACAACAGCGGAAGUGGCUACAACAGCGGAAGUGGAUACAACAGCGGUAGUAACUACAACAACAACGGCUACAACAACAACGGCUACAACAACAACGGCUACAACAACAACGGCUACAACAACAACGGAUACGACAGCAAUAGCUACAGCAACGGAUACAAAAAUGGCCCAGUAGGAAACAGCAAUCAGUACACAGAUGGUCUUUACUUCAACGGCGGUAACAACUACGGCUCAAACUACGGCUCAUCCAACUAUGGCUCAUCCAGCUACUCUGCCCCAUCCAACUAUGGCUCAUCUAGCUACUCUGCCCCAUCCAACUACGGCUCAUCCAACUAUGGCUCAUCUAGCUACUCUGCCCCAUCCAACUAUGGGUCAUCCAACUAUGGCUCAUCUAGCUACUCUGCCCCAUCCAACUACGGCUCAUCUAGCUACUCUGCCCCAUCCAACUAUGGCUCAUCUAGCUACUCUGCCCCAUCCAACUAUGGCUCAUCUAGCUACUCUGCCCCAUCCAACUAUGGCUCAUCUAGCUACUCUGCCCCAUCCAACUAUGGCUCAUCUAGCUACUCUGCCCCAUCCAACUAUGGCUCAUCUAGCUACUCUGCCCCAUCCAACUAUGGCUCAUCUAGCUACUCUGCCCCAUCCAACUAUGGCUCAUCCAGCAACUCUGCUCCAUCCAGCUAUGGCUCAUCCAGCUACGGCUCCGGAUCCUCAUACUAAGUACAACGUCAAGGAAGUUGACAUUUUCGAGGUGAUGUUUCGUUUGUGACGUUGUCCCACUGGCCACAGAGGUGAUAGCUCAAAGCUUGAAAGUUUUGUGUGUGAUGAAAUUAGAAAAUAAAAUGAUUUGAUCACCCGAA